CUCCCUCUCCCGGAUGCCAUGGUGUAAUAAGUACUCGCCGCUUCUUAUGCGUGCACCAGGGAAGAACAGGUCGUUUUGAGUUCUUCCAUUAGUUGUAUAAGUAUGAUAUUUAAAGACACGCAAUGUGAUUAUUUUUGUAUUUUAUUUUUUAUUACUCUAAUUAGUUAUCCACUUAUCCCAUUCCAUACCAUGCAAAAGAACUUCAGACGCCGUCGAUCUUUUAUGAAAAUCUGGUGGAUCAUUUCCAGUGAAAUUUCCGACGACAAUUGCUUGCUUGCUUGCUAGCUUGCGUCGGUUGUUUAUAUAGAAAUAUUGGUUUGGUUUGAUGAUCCAACUACGCAGGCAGGUCAACAGUUCAAAUUCUCUCCGGCUAUUGUUGAAUCGUUUCCGUGCGAUCUUGCGUCCCUGCCAUCGGAUUGAAUCCAAAGGAAAAUGAUUGCAGAGAAGGGCGAUUAUGAAGGAAAUUCACAUUUCAGAUCUCUCUAGGGACCGCCGAUUGCUGCAGUUAUUGGCAUUUGACAAUGGCGAUUGGAAGAUUCCAUUUCUUAUUGGUGGCGACCGUGGUAGUGUCGAUGAGCCGAGGCGGAGCGCAGAAAUCUUCCCACGACGCGGUGGUUGGGGCGGCGCCGUACAGGAUCCACACGCUGUUCUCGGUGGAGUGUCAGACAUACUCCGAUUGGCAAACGGUAGGUCUCAUGCAUAGCUUCCGUAAAGCCAAACAACCCGGCCUGAUUACUCGCCUGCUCAGCUGUACCGAGGAACGGAAGAAAACGUAUAGAGGCAUGGACUUGGCCCCAACGCUUCAAGUUCCGUCAAUGAGUCACAACCCUAGGACGGGUGACUGGUAUCCUGCAAUUAAUAAGCCAGCUGGAGUAGUUCACUGGCUUAAACACAGCAAACAUGUAAACAAUGUCGAUUGGGUGGUUAUUCUAGAUCCGGACAUGAUCAUUCGAGGUCCAAUCAUACCAUGGGAGCUUGGUGCAGAGAAAGGGAGGCCUGUCUCAGCAUACUACGGGUACUUGGUAGGAUGUGACAAUGUUCUUGCUAAACUGCACACAAAGCAUCCUCAACUCUGCGACAAGGUUGGUGGCCUCUUAGCAAUGCAUAUUGACGACCUCCGUGAUUUGGCGCAUAUUUGGCUAUCUAAAACUGAACAAGUACGCGAGGAUAGAGCUCAUUGGGCUACUGAUUACACCGGUGAUAUAUAUGGAGAAGGGUGGAUCAGUGAGAUGUAUGGAUACUCUUUUGGGGCUGCAGAGGAGGGCGUUGAACCAAUUCUUUUGCAUUAUGGUUUGCCUUUCACUGUUGGAAACUGGUCGUUCAGUAAAUUAGAUCAUCAUGAAGACAACAUCGUGUAUGAGUGUGGACAGCUCUUUCCCGAACCUCCUUAUCCUAGAGAUGUGGAUGAAAUGGAGAGGGAUCCAAACAAAAGGAGAGCACUGUUUCUAAGUAUAGAAUGCAUAAAUACGAUCAAUGAAGGCCUGCUAUUGCAUCAUGCAGCACGCGGUUGCCCCAAGCCAAAACAGUCGAAAUACCUAAGUUUCUUGAGAAGCAAAGCUUUUGCAGAACUAACCCAGCCAAAACAUCUCACUCCUGCCACUCGAAGAAUGAUGGAAGAAAACACUCGGAAGCAAGAUGUUGGGGAGCCUGAAAAGCAGUGUCCAAAAAUACAUACUCUUUUCUCAACACAAUGCUUCCCUUACUUCGAUUGGCAGACAGUGGGGCUCAUACGCAGUUUCCACCUGAGUGGUCAGCCAGGGAAUAUCACAAGACUUUUGAGCUGCACGGAGGAAGAGCUGAAGGAAUACAAGGGACAUAAUCUUGCUCCAACUCAUUAUGUGCCAUCCAUGAGCCGGCAUCCCUUAACCGGAGACUGGUAUCCAGCUAUUAAUAAACCAGCUGCUGUGCUGCAUUGGAUCAACCAUGUAAAGACUGAUGCAGAAUAUGUUGUGAUCCUGGAGCCAGAUAUGAUCAUGAAAGGACCAAUUACGCCGUGGGAGUUCAAUGCAGACAAAGGAAGGCCUGUUUCUGCUCCCAAUGAAUAUCUAAUUGGCUGUGACAACGAGCUUGCCAGGGCUCACACUCACAACCCUGGUGCGUGUGACAAGGUUGGUGGUGUGAUCAUAAUGCACAUUAGGGAUCUCAGGAGAUUUUCUUCCCUUUGGCUGCAUAAAACUAAGCAACUCCGGGCUGAUGUGGGUCACUGGUCCAAAUAUUACACAGGAGAUAUUUACAAUGCGGGUUGGCUAAGUGAGAUGUAUGGCUAUGCCUUUGCUGCGGCAGAGUUGAACAUGAGGCACAAGAUCAGCAGCAAUAUAUUGAUUUACCCAGGACACAUGCCUGCGCCCGGUGUAAGCUACAGGGUGUACCAUUACGGCUUAGAAUUCCGGGUUGGUAACUGGAGCUUCGACAAGGCUAAGUAUAGACAUCUGGAUGUGGUUAACAAAUGCUGGGUGAGGUUUCCUGAUCCUCCUGAUCCGUCAACCCUUCAUCACUCAGAAAAGUACAUUUUGCAGCGCGAUUUGCUUAGCAUAGAUUGUGUCAAUUCUUUGAACGAAGCUCUACGCCGUCACGACGAAAGAAAGAAGUGCUCAGAUAUAAAAUCCUUGCCCACUGGGGCUCAACCUACCCCAGAUCUGGCUUCCCAGUCCACUUCUACUCGGAAGAGUCCCAGUCUACCUUCAUUGCCCGCCUCGACACCGAAUCCUCCUUCCUCACCCCCACCCCACCGUGAGAUUACCACUAAAAUUGAGAAAUCUAUGAAGCUUGAAAAUUUGGAGAAUAUUGAUGCUGAUAAGGAUAUAUCAGAUCUGCGGAAUAAAUUACAAGACUUGGCACCGCCAGGAGCGGCUAAUCAAGCAUUUAGAUCAAUGAGGUUGCGGAUAAUUGGGUUAUGGACAUUCUCUGUGGUUGGUUUUGUAGCAGUGAUAGCAAUGGUGAUUUACAGACACAAAGGUCAAAGGAAAAGAGGUAAAACUCACAAGAUCAGUAGAAGAUAAACGUACUCUACCCCGGGUAGAAUAGAAUAGUUUAGUUUCCUUAGGCUAAGAAUGUCUUGCAGAUUGCCCUCAACGUAUGUUAAAAUAAUGUAUGAUGAGUGCAAGUGCAAGCACAAACAAUCUUGAUUCUACUGAAUCACCAUUGCCUUACAUUUUUGUAGAUAUACAAAAUCUUAUAUCACAAAGAUCAAUGAUAAUAAAGUCCCCAUCCAAACUUUCUUCUUGCUCAUUCAAUAAUUUUCUU